AUGCCCCCGAGUGGUGCGUCAACACCUCAAAAACGACCUAGGCCGAAUGACUUAGAAACGAGGAGUCUCUCGACUCAACUCACGGAGCGCACAAGAUUUGAUCCCUCCGUUCAAUCUUCAUCUGGCCCGUCGCGUCAAAGGAGCCCAGCACGAGAUCUUCUGAACGAUCUUCCCCUCGCGAUACCACCGAUCCACUGUACCCGACCCAAGGAAAUUCCUCUUCCUGACACCUCUCUUUCGCUGCGGAGAAGUUUGUGCGAAAAUUUUGGGCUCAAAGUGAUACCAGUGGGGCUCAAGGACAAGAUCCACUCCGCCGACCCGGAAGGGGCGAUGGAUAUCCCGGACGUGGCGUUCGAUUACGCUGACUCGAGGACCCCAGAACAACUCGAAGCACUUUGGCGGGACGUGGUUGAGAUCUACCAGGAAGCCGCAGAGUGUGAAGAACACGGCCAAGACGAGAAUGCUUGGGGCGCUGGGGUGAUACAGCCGAUCCUGAAGAUGGGAAUCAGGCACCAUCCCAUCCUGCAAGUAAAAAACGUACAAACACAAACCAUAAGCCCCUCUCUUCUCCCACGAUUACCUCACAAGUGCCGAGUCAGUCGAAAGGUCGAUUACGCAUUCGCCUUUUCCGCCCGUAACCGGCGGGUAAAGACAACAUACGAUGACUUCGCCAUUGCUUCACCGGAUCCGACUAUCAGCCAAACGACCGACCCAUUCACGAAGCGUAUCGCUAUUUUUUCUGGAGUUGAAGUAAAGCAAUCCAAUGGUGGCAAGGUGGAAGCACUUGCUCAGCUUUCUAUUUGGCUUGCUGCAAGUUUGGAAAAGCUUUUGCAAAUAAGCAGCCUUGGGGAAAGGGGAAAUGAGCACUUUACCCUUUUGCCGACCGUGGGUUGGACAGUUAUCGGUCAUGACUGGCACUUAUAUAUUGUCUUCAGGGGAUUGUUCGAAGGUCAGGAUAGAAUAUACAUUGAUGGGCCAAUUGAGAGUGUCGCCGCUAGUACACGAUCAUAUUACGGGAUCUUUAAACUGAUGGACCUGGUCCAUAGAGCUUCCAAGUAUGCGGAGGAAGUGUAUUGGCCCUGGAUGCGCGACGAGAUUCUGGGUCCCGUCAAUAGACCUAUCAGCGCAACGCGUCACACCAGGCAAGGAUAA